ACGUUGACAUAGUAAAAGUGAAAAAUCGGUUAUAAAGUAACGUAUUGCGAACUUUACUUCAUUGAGUCAUCACUAUUCAACUACGAAUCCCCAUCCAUCCUCUCUGCUCAAUUUCUCAAAUCAACCUCUCCUCCUCCUCAAGGUUAUUGAAGAAAGAAAACAUGGCCAGCAAGGCACCAAGUUGGUCUGAUCAAUGGGGAACAGGUGGGCUUGGUAGUGACGAGUACGACAAUGAGGCGGUGAACAAGAGCAGUAAGAGCAGUGGAAGUGGCAAGAAGAUGACAGAUGCAAAGCUUAUGGCAACAGCUAGUAUGGACAAAGCGAAAUCAGCUGCAAUUGUUGGUGCUGAUAAAGCUAAGACAGCUGCUGUAGUAGGUGCUCAGAAAGUGAAGAGUGGAACUUCUGCUGGACUCAAAUGGAUCAAGAAUCAGUACCAGAAAAAGACUUCUAAGUAAAAAAAGAAAAUAAAGGAAAGAAAAAUCACUGAUUUGGUUGGACUUUGGACAGUAUUUCAUUUCAUGUCUUUGUUAAAUACACCAUUGAAUUGAUGCUCCAUUAUAGUGAUUGGUUAUUAUGAUUUGGAUUUUUAAUUUGGAGUACAGCAGUUCAUAAUAGCUUAUUAUA